UGUUGGCGCUGGGGAGCCUCGGGCUCGAGUUUCUGCAGCCUGGAGUCAACAGCGUUGGGUUGGUGUUUGCUCUUUCAUCUCCCACUUCCUCUCCCAAACCGCACUUUCAGCCGCAGGAUGGUGAUUUGCCCUCUUGGGAUCCCAUGGCUUUCUUUACUGGGCUCUCAGGCCCCUUCCCCCACUUGAGCAGAGCACUCAGCCAGCGCUGUUUCAGCACCACUGGGAGCCUCGGUGCAAUUCAGAAGAUGACGCGGGUGCGUGUGGUGGACAACAGCGCCCUGGGGAACACCCCAUACCAUCGUCCGCCUCGCUGCAUCCACGUCUAUAACAAGAACGGGGUGGGCAAGGUGGGUGACCGGAUCCUGCUGGCCAUCAAGGGGCAGAAGAAAAAGGCGCUCAUUGUGGGGCAUCGCAUGCCCGGCCCCCAGAUGACCCCCAGGUUUGAUUCCAACAACGUGGUGCUCAUCGAGGACAAUGGGAACCCUGUGGGGACCCGAAUCAAGAUACCCAUCCCAACCAGCCUGCGCCAGAGGGAAGGCGAGUUUUCCAAGGUGCUGGCCAUUGCUCAGAACUUCGUGUGAGCAGAGCCCUGGCCCCGGCCACAGGGGGCUUGUGAAAGGAGCCCUUCCGAGAACUGCACCUGUGCUGAGAGGGAGCCCGCGAAACAGUGUCCUGAGAAAAUAAAUGUUCUCGUGUCCCUUUC